AUGACGACAUGUACGCCGCCUGGGGCCACGUCCACUCGCGGAGGCCGCUCGCUCCGCCAGGGGACGGCGGCCUGGCGCCCCUCCGCCCGCCGCCCAGCCCCGAGCAGGCGGCCAUGGAGCGGGCGGAGGAAGCCAAGACGCAGGGCUCCCCCGACGACGCCGUCGACCCGCCGCCGCCUCUCGGCGCUCCGCCGCCCGCCCGGCGGCGGCGGCGGCGGUGGCGAUCCCGCCCCGACGGCCGAGCUGGCGGCCGAGUCAGCCGGUGGCACCCCGAGGGGCGGCAGCGGCAGCGGCAGCGGCGCCGAGGAUCGUCGGCCUGGCGGCGGCGGCGGCCAAUCGGCAGCUGCUCCGCCGGCCGAGCCGGCGGAGCCGAGCGAGCGGGCCGGCGGCGGCGCGGGCCCGCAGGCUGGGUCGGUCGUCGAGCAGGGGCGAAGCGUCCCGGCAUGA